AUGUCCGUUAUACCCGACACUGAGCCCUUAUGGGUUGAACCCCCACCUCAAACUCCUCAGCAGCAAACUGCUCAACCUCAAUACAUUCAACCUCAGGCACCAGUAGCUCAAAACGGCUCCCAUUCAAUCUUUUCUCUGAAGUAUUAUGCCCAGUACUUCAAUGUCGACACCGCAGAUGUCCUCCAGCGCAGCGUUCUUGCCCUCAAUCCCUUUACCACUCGUCAGGUCUUCCUUUUCCAUACUCAAGAUAAUCCAGACCCAUUAUUGCCGGACCUUUAUGGGCCUUUUUGGAUCACCUCUUCUGUCAUCUUUGCCCUUUUCUUUGCCUCCUCUGUUACAGGCGUCAUCAUCUCAAAGCUAGUCCAACAUACAAACUACGAAUAUCGCUUUGAUCUGCUGACCGGAGCAGCUUCCAUGCUUUACUCAUACACAUUCCUUUGGCCCAUUGGUCUAUGGGCAGCUGCUCACUACCUCGGACUGCUCACUACUCAGCCAAACGCAACUAUCACUUCGUUUGUUUCGCUCUACGGUUACUCCAACAUCAUUUGGAUCCCCGUCGCCAUCUUGGCUGUCGCUCCUCUAGAUGGCCUUCUUCCUAAGUUUACAGACCUUUUCCGUUGGUUCAUUGUUCUUCUUGGUUGCGCAUUUUCCUCAAUCUUCCUUGCAAGAAACCUCCGUGCUCUCUUUAUUCCAGACUCCACCGCCGCCGUUGCCAUUGACAGAAAGCCUGGUGCCAUCCUACUUGGUCUUUCUCUACUUGUUCACGGAGGAAUCUCUGUGGCCGUCAAGUUCCUUUUCUUUGCCUCCCAUACAACAAAAACACCUGCUGAGCAGAUCUAG